AUGUCAACGAAGUGCACCACUCUGGCUGUGCUGGUUGGGGCCCAUGCAUUAAUCUUCGAGAAUUCUGCGGACAUCCAAGUCUUCACUGCGAAUAAAUGCGCGGAUAUCGUGGAUAAGGCCAACACUUCUGGCCACGUGACGGAAGAGUCCAGUGUGUCAGUUUGCCGCAAGCAUUUGCAAAGUAAAGAAACAUGCGGUCUUCUUGGCGAGAUGCUGGCUUUGGCACAGAUGCGGGAUGAUUUCAACAAGUCCAGCUUUUGCGAAACGAUGAGCUCUGCUCACGCCUGCUCUGCGGCCAUGGAGGAUUUCCUGUCCUCCGACGCGGUGGCCGACCUUGCCUUCGGCCACUGCCUGCGAAGCCACCGGCUGAGGCAAGCAAAGAUGGAAGCUGCGGUGGGCAACUAUUGCCUGCGCUUUCAAAGUGUUCUCACUGCCGCGGUGAAAGCAUCUGACACCAUUGACACGCUUCGUGAGUGCUACAUGAUGGAGCUGGAGCGGAGCUCGUCGCACAAGUCACCUGCACAAGGGGUCGCGGCCAAGGUCGCGCAGGUAACUCAGAUUCCGCAGCAAGUUCCAGCUCCGCAGUCCCAGGAGGAUGCCAAGCCCCAAGCGGCUGAUGUCCCAGCGCUGUUCUGCCGGAAGAUUCUUUCGGAACUAAACUAUGUCAGACGAUGCGUUUGA